GAGGGGACCAACAUAUGGCAGUCAUAUUUUUUGAAGCUGAAAUAAUGUGCUAGACAUUUUAUUGUGUUGUUUACCUCGCAGAAGAUUCUCAGCCAAUAGAUGUCCACCCCCAACGAGCCACCAGUUGGAAUGUCCCAUGCUGGUCCCUCACCAGGUGCUGGCCUGUCUCCGGGGCCCAUCCUAGGGCCCAGCUCUGGACCCAGCCCCUCUCCUGGCUCUGUACACAGUAUGAUGGGCCCCAGCCCAGGGCCCCCAAGUGUCCCGCAUGCUAUGCAGGGCCAAGGGGCAGGAGACUAUUCACAGGACAUGCACCUAAUGCAUAAGCCUAUGGAGGGAAUGCAUGAGAAGGGGAUGGGAGACGAUAUGCACUUUGGCCAGAUGAAGGGGGUGGGAAUGAGAUCCCUGCACAGUGGCAUGGGUCCUCCACAGAGCCCCAUGGAUCAACACAGUCAAGGCUACAUGUCCCCUCAUCCCUCGCCAAUGGGCCAGGUGCCGGAACAUGUGCCCAGCCCUAUGUCAGGAGGAGGGCCAACCCCACCGCAAAUGUCUCAGGGUCAGUCACCCAUGAUGCCCAUGGAUCCACAGGGGAUGGGACAGCAGGCCAGGGGUCAGUCUGCCUUCAGCCCAGUCCAGCUACAGCAACUAAGGGCUCAGAUCCUGGCAUACAAGAUCCUGGGUCGUGGUCAGCCUCUGCCUGAGAAUCUACAGUUAGCUGUGUUGGGCAAGAGGAGCCUCCACACCAUGCAACAGCAGCCCAUCAACACUGGCCCCUACAAUAGACCUCCAGGUAUGCCAGUGCCUCAUGGAGGGCCUGCAACGGGCCCAUGUCCCUCUCCAGCCAUGCAGACUCAUACCGGUUCUGGGCCAAAACCGUGGCCUGAAGGUCAAGGCUCAGAGACCCCAAGCGCUCCACAGAAGCUGUUGGUCCCAGCUCCCAGCGGCAGACCCUCUCCAGCUCCCCCGUUGGCCCUCACUGGCACACAACCUGUGCCCUGCACCUCCCUCACCUCCCAACCUCAGCCACCGCCAGGACCAGGCCAGCCCUCCCUCAUUAUCCAGCUUCAGCAGAAACAGAAUCGCAUCACACCGAUUCAGAAGCCUCAGGGUCUGGAUCCUGUUGAACUCUUGCAAGAGAGGGAAUACCGUCUUCAGGCCAGGAUUGCUCACAGAAUUCAGGAGCUGGAGAAUCUGCCAGGAUCGCUGCCACCUGAUCUGCGGACUAAAGCUACUGUGGAGCUGAAGGCCUUAAGACUGCUCAACUUCCAGCGGCAGUUGAGGCUCGAUGUUGUAGCCUGCAUGUGCCGAGACACAACUCUGGAGACGGCCCUGAACUCCAAAGCCUACAAGCGCAGCAAGAAACAGACACUUAGAGAAGCUCGCAUGACAGAGAAACUAGAGAAGCAGCAAAAGAUUGAGCAGGAGAGGAAGCGCCGCCAGAAACACCAGGAAUAUCUCAACAGCAUUCUGCAACAUGCAAAAGAUUUCAAAGAAUAUCACAGAUCCAUCUCUGGAAAAAUCCAAAAGCUGUCUAAAGCCAUCGCAACAUGGCACACCAACACAGAGAGAGAGCAGAAUAAGGAGAAGGAAAGAAUCGAGAAAGAGAGGAUGAGGAGACUGAUGGCUGAGGAUGAAGAAGGUUACAGGAAGCUAAUUGAUCAGAAGAAGGACAAGCGUCUGGCCUACCUCCUUCAACAGACAGAUGAAUACGUGGCCAACCUGACUGAGCUUGUCUAUGAACACAAGGCUGCUCAAGCUGCCAAGGAGAAGAAGAGGAAGAGAAAGAAGAAAAAGAAGGAAGCUGGCGAUGCUGAAGGAAUGGGAGCCAUCUGGCCUGAUGGAGAGCUCAUAGAUGAGAACAGCCAGAUGAGUGAGCUGCCAGUCAAAGUAAUUCAGACUGAGACUGGGAAAGUGCUGCAGGGGACAGAUGCCCCCAAGUCCAGUCAGUUAGAGGCCUGGCUCGAGAUGAAUCCUGGCUAUGAAGUUGCUCCACGGUCAGACAGUGAAGAGAGUGGCUCGGAAUUUGAAGAGGAGGACGAUGAAGAGGUGGUCUCCAGAGCUGAAUCGGAAGAAAAGAAAGUCAUCGAUCCCAACAGUGAUGAAGUAUCUGAAACGGCAGCCAAGCACAUCAUAGAGUCUGCUAAGCAGGAUGUGGAUGACGAGUAUAGUGUUCAGGCAGGACAGACCAGCUCCCAGUCUUACUAUGGAGUGGCCCACGCGGUCAUAGAGAGGGUGGAUAAACAGUCCACCCUACUGAUCAAUGGGACCCUCAAACACUACCAGAUCCAGGGUCUGGAAUGGAUGGUGUCUCUGUACAACAACAACCUGAAUGGUAUUCUGGCUGAUGAGAUGGGACUGGGGAAGACCAUUCAGACUAUCGCACUUAUCACUUAUCUGAUGGAAAACAAGAGGCUCAACGGGCCGUACCUCAUCAUUGUACCGCUCUCGACUUUGUCCAACUGGGUUUAUGAGCUGGACAAGUGGGCACCAAGUAUUGUGAAAAUUGCCUACAAGGGCACACCAUCAAUGCGGAGGUCUUUGGUGCCGCAGCUCCGCAGUGGGAAGUUUAAUGUCCUUAUAACCACCUACGAGUACAUCAUCAAAGACAAGCAAAUUCUCGCCAAGAUUCGCUGGAAGUAUAUGAUAGUGGAUGAGGGCCACCGCAUGAAGAACCAUCACUGCAAGCUCACACAGGUGUUGAACACUCACUACGUUGCUCCCAGAAGGCUGUUACUUACUGGAACACCUCUGCAGAACAAAUUACCUGAGCUCUGGGCCCUGCUCAACUUCCUGUUGCCCACCAUCUUCAAAAGCUGCAGCACCUUUGAGCAGUGGUUCAAUGCUCCUUUUGCAAUGACAGGAGAGAGGGUGGAUCUAAAUGAAGAGGAGACCAUCCUUAUCAUUCGUCGUUUGCAUAAGGUGUUACGUCCCUUCCUUCUGCGCAGACUGAAGAAAGAGGUGGAGUCUCAGUUGCCUGAGAAGGUGGAGUAUGUCAUCAAAUGUGACAUGUCAGCCAUCCAGAAGGUUCUGUACAGGCACAUGCAGGGCAAAGGCAUCCUGCUCACUGAUGGAUCAGAGAAAGACAAGAAGGGUAAAGGAGGAGCCAAGACCUUAAUGAACACCAUAAUGCAGCUGAAGAAGAUCUGUAAUCAUCCCUACAUGUUUCAGCACAUAGAGACGUUACAUCAACAUCUCAAACAAUGUCAUAUGGGCCUCAACUUGCAAGCUGCAGACACCGUUGUGAUCUUUGACAGCGACUGGAACCCCCACCAGGACUUGCAGGCACAGGACCGAGCCCAUCGUAUCGGCCAGCAGAAUGAAGUACGCGUACUGCGUCUGUGCACUGUUAAUAGUGUGGAGGAGAAGAUUCUAGCAGCGGCCAAGUAUAAACUGAACGUUGAUCAGAAAGUCAUUCAGGCUGGCAUGUUUGAUCAGAAGUCCUCCGGCCAUGAGCGCAGAGUCUUCCUGCAGGCUAUUCUGGAGCACGAGGAACAGAAUGAGGAGGAAGAUGAAGUUCCAGAUGAUGAAACUCUCAAUCAGAUGAUUGCUCGUAAUGAGGACGAAUUUGAGCUUUUCAUGCGCAUGGAUUUAGACCGCCGUCGAGAGGAUGCACGCAACCCUAAGCGUAAACCUCGGCUAAUGGAAGAGGAUGAGCUGCCAUCAUGGAUCCUGAAGGAUGAUGCUGAGGUGAAGCGGCUUACCUGCGAGGAGGAGGAGGAAAAGAUUUUCGGCCGUGGCUCCCGUCACCGCAGAGAUGUCGACUACAGCGACGCAUUGACGGAAAAGCAGUGGCUGAGGGCUAUAGAGGAUGGCAACCUGGAGGAAAUCGAGGAGGAGAUACGGCUGAAGAGGCGCAAGCGUAGGAGACACGUGGACAAAGACAUGAGGCGUGAGGACGCAGACAAAGCCAAGAAGAGAAGAGGACGUCCUCCAGCAGAGAGGCUCUCCCCAAAUCCACCCAAACUCACAAAACAGAUGAAUGCCAUCGUUGAUACAGUCAUCAAUUACAAAGAUGCAUCAGGCCGUCAGCUCAGCGAGGUCUUUGUGCAGCUGCCCUCCAGGAAAGAGCUUCCUGAAUACUAUGAACUGAUAAGGAAGCCAGUGGACUUCAAGAAGAUCAAGGAGCGUGUGCGUAACCACAAGCACAGGAGUGUGAGCGAUCUGGAGAAAGACGUCAUGCUUCUUUGUCACAAUGCUCAGACUUAUAAUCUAGAGGGCUCUCAGAUCUAUGAGGACUCCAUUGUUCUCCAGUCAGUAUUCAAAAGUGCAAGGCAAAAGAUUGCUAGGGAGGAGAGCGACGAUGACAGCAAUGAUGAUAACGAUGAUGAUGAGGAGGAAUCAGAGGAAGAGUGUAAAUCAGUGAAGGUGAAAAUUAAGCUGAGUAAACGGGACGAGAGAUGUCAGGACAAAGGCAAGAAGAGACCAAGUCGUGGAAAGGCCAAGCCUGUGGUCAGUGACGAUGACAGCGAGGAAGAACAGGAGGAGAACGAGCUGUCAGAGGGGAGCCACAGCGAUGAUGAGUGAGGAGGAGAUGAGCUGAUCAUCAGCAUUCCCUUCACACGUUUAUUUGCUUCUUUUAUUGUCUUUCGUCACCCAGCUCAAUUAUUCUGUGCUUGCGAAAAGAUUGAUUAUUUUUUUUGUUUUAUUGUAUGUUUAAACACUUUCAUUCUGUUUUGGAUGCAGCUGACUGAGGAGUAAUCUACAGUGAGGAAGCAUCUUCUUUGCACCUUUAAUAGCUUACAGUUAUUCUGAAAUUUCCCUACAUGUAGUGAGGUAUUUUAGAGAUGAUUUCUGUAUGCUUGUAUAUAAUCUACAUUUAUGCAAUGUUUAAAAAACAAUCAAAAUAUGUUUGAUUUGCAUCAAAGAACGUCAUUUAUAAGCUAUUCAGACCUUUUUUAAAAGCUAACCUAACCCUUGGUUAAACCAUUUGUUUCAAAUUUACAAAGCAUAUCAUAAAGUAUUCAAGUGUUACUUCAAGUGAGGUCCUCAUUACAUGAGCAUUUUGUAAUGUCUAGAUUAGAUCAUAUAUUACAGUAACGUCUAUAUUGCAUUGCAUGCAGCACAAAAACCAGCAGAGAUUCUAAAUGUGAGAGCGCUGAUCAGCCCUUUACCGAUUUAGUAGUAUGUGAAAUAUGAAUUUGACGUGCUUUGUAUCAUAUCCAUAGAUGUCUUUCUUUCAUUGGUUUUUAUACUUCAUAGUCUGACUUGCCUGCUUGUUCCAAGGACAAAUGCAGAUUUGUUUGUUGCAGUGUCAUUUGCUUCACUUUCUUCUUCUUUUUUUUUAAAGUUUUUUAUUUACAGUGGAGAAGAGCAUCUCACAGUAUUUCAAUAUUUCAACAGAGUAUUGUAUGUCAGACUAUAAACCAGCUCAGAUUGGCUACCUUUUCAUCUAUGGAUAUUUUUCUAUUUUCAUUGAAAAAAAAAACAAAACCCCAGGAAUGGGGUGU